AUGUGCCAGGUGCAUUUCGGAUUUCACCGACGCCGCACCACCCGUAAACCUUCGGGAGCGGGGGCCAUGAGUGGCCAAGAGGAAGGUAACCUCUAUAAAAAAUCCCCCAACCCUAAGGUCGAGCGUGCCGACGGGCAGCCCCAUCGUAUCUGGGGGGGGGGCAACACACUGCUUUACGGCGAUGCAUCGGCAUCGUCCGUGGAUCCCCUGAGAACCGGGGAUCAAUACAGGGAGGAAGGAUCUGUGCCUGGUACCACAGCGGUCCCAGCGCGAAGCUCACGUGGAAGACGGGGUAGACGGGGGCGCUUAGCACGCCCAUGCACUUUAGAAGGACAAGGUGAAGCCACAGCCACAGAAGGGGAAGACAAAGUAACAGAGUACGAUACCGAGGAGGAUUUCCAGGACCUGUCGGGUAUGAAGUCCAGAGGAAAGACUGUCUUACCUAACCCAGAAGUGUUAGAACUGGAGUUGAAAUCUCAAACCAACAGAACGAUCGAAAAUCACAUAGAUCUUCAGCUCCAGGAGAUUGAAAAGGUUGCGGAUCGCUCCCGUAACUUAAAAGGGUGUUUCGUCCGUGGUUUAAGAUCGGCUGUCACUAACGUGAGAGCUGCAACCAAUGAACUUUCGAGGAGGUCCGGUACUACCGGAAUUGUGGCAAGACUGGAAAAAGAAAACGCUGAACUACGUUCAGAGCUUUCCAGUCUUGCCGGUAGGAUGGAGAAACUUACGGAAGAAAUUAAACACCUCCGUAAGCAGACCCAAGAACGAGCCAGUAAGACCCACUCUUCUGCUGAGUAUACUACGCCAUCAGGUUCCAGGUAUAAGAGCGAUGAGGAGAAGACGAUGGAACGCAUUGGGGCCUUGGUUGAGAGUAAGCUGGCUGCUUUUGAGGCCAGAUUAUUCCCAGGUGCCACGCAUCGUCAGCCAUUGGGAACGAAGACUAUAGCAACUACUGAGUCGGUGCAGUCGCUGUCCAAAUCAGCGAAACCUAAGCGGAAGAGGAAAAGGGCCUUUCAGCCAUCGGUACUGGAUUUGCCCCCAGUAACUGAGCCCUUGCAUCAAUUAACAGCAUCUGCAGAGAAGAACACGUGGGCAACUGUCACUAAGAAGCCUAAGGCCCAAAAGAUAAUCAAUACUUGGGCAAGGAGACCGGAAAAGAAAAGAACAAGGCGCUUCGUGCCCCUGCGUCUGCGGCUG